CCUUCAUCUCAUCUAUAUUAUCUACUAACUAUUUUGCCUAUUUUUUCUCACCGCUAGACUAGUUUCCUACCUAACUAUCCUUCAAUUAAUUGCUCUCUUUCUUAUGGCUUCUAACAACAAGAAGUAUUUUCUUGUGAAAUAUCUUGAGUGUAGGCAUAACUAUGCAGCUAGAUCUAAUGGUUAUGUACUUGAUGGUUGUGGUGAAUUUUGUCCAACUGGUGCCCUUGAAACGCUUGAAUCCUUCAUUUGUGCUGCUUGUCAUUGCCAUCGAAACUUUCAUAGAAAAGUUGAGGUGGAGUUAGAGGACGGGGUGGAGAGUCCUAUCAUUUCUAUUAAUCAUCCUAGCCGCGGUACUCCCCUUAUUAUUAUUGAUGAUCCAUCGCCACAAUACACAGUGAGAUCUAGGGCGCAAUUUUGUGAAACGUCUAAGAAGAAUAACAUUGAUGUGGAGACAAAAAUGAAGAGGGAUGGAGGAGAGAUAAAAGUGAGAAAGUUAAAAAGGAAGUACAAUGCGUCUUCUUCAAAGAGAAUGAGGUUGAAUCCUUACCAAAGAGAGAGGAUUUGGAUUUUUGCAAAUGAGAUAAUGAGAUGGAAAUGGACAAAGAGCAAUGAACAAGUUAUCCCAUUUUGUGAUGAAAUUGGCAUCACUCCAAAAUUCUUGAAGAAUUGGAUUAACAACACCAGAAGCAGAACUAGGCCCUUAGAAAAAAAAUGGGCAUGUGAGAAAUCAGGAUUAGUUGCUUAAAAUAAGUCCUUCUGUGUUCUUAAGUUGUUUAACAUUUUGGUUUCUUUUUUCUCAUGUCUUUGAUCCAUAGAAUUUGAUGAUAUAAAGUAUUAAGUUUUCAAUUUUAAUUUAUAUUUUUACUUUUCUUUUUUAUUUAUUCUUUUACAAAAUUUUAGAUCUUAAUUUCCACAUGACACGCAUCACAUGCUUCAUAUAAUAGGAAAAGACAUAAAUUUCCUUUUUAACUUAUUAGAACAAGUCAAUUACACGGUUAAACUAGCAUGGUGAGUAUUUAUAAGUCACAUAUUUUAAUUACUUAAAGCGAAAUUUAUUUAUUUAUUAAAACUAACAUGACCAAGAAAAAAUAUAAACAUACGUGUCAAAUAAAAUUAAAAUAAUCAAAAUUUUCCUUAUGACCCACCCUUAACAUUUCUUCUUCUCAAACUCUACCAUCCUCCUCUUCAUCACAUCGACUCAUUAUCCUCUUCUUCUUCAAGCUUUAGUUUUCGUCACAGUUCUUUAUAUUUUAUCACAAUUGCAAAAUAUACUCUCUUUUUAUUCAAAAUUAGGUUAAUUUUCUAUAAGAUUAAUCUGAAUAAAUGAAAAAUAGUAAUAAUUCAAUUUACUUUUUUUAGCUUGAAAUUUUGGAAACUAUGAUGUUUAGACAUACAAAACCUAGACGAUGAUGAAGAGGGGGUGGGCCUAUCAACGUCAUGUCGAAAUUCUUAUUUGGGAUCAUCAGAGAUGAUAAAUCACCCUUGAAAAACCUCCAUUUGGCUGCCACCACAAUUUCCAGUGAAUCUUCAAGUGUUUUUGAAAAAUAAAGACACAUAUUUAAAUUCAGUGCAGACUUUGCUUUCCUCCAUUUUGAAGCUUGACAUUCUUUAAAGAAGAAGAAUCCUAGCUAGCUGAAAUUCAUAACAAAUUGAAUUUUAUUUCAAUAAUGUUGAUGAGAAAAUCAAGAUUCUUUUAUAUAAGAAAAAGUAUCGUGCUCUCUAUUGGGUAUUUUGUAGUUUCUUCUUGUUUUCAAUUGUAACAUUUGAUUAUCUUUGAACACAAUAACCAAUUCAAUAUAGUAUAGCUUUUAUGAUUUGGAAAAAAUUGUUUUGACUUUUGUUAAAGAAGUUUAA